AUGAAAUAAAGACCUUAAUUAGCAUGUGAUGCAGUUUGUUUUAGAAAACUUGAAAAUGAUGUCAAAAAAGUUUUAUUAAUAACAAGAGGACGUGAACCAUUUUUAGGAAAAUACGCUUUUCCAGGAGGACAUUUAGAUUAUGGUGAAGAUCCAAUUUAAUGUUGUUUAAGGGAACUUAAUGAAGAAACUGGGAUAUUAGGACUAAGUGUUGAUUUGAUUGAUGUAAAAGGAUCCCCAGAUAGAGAUCCAAGAGGACAUUAUGUUUCUAUAGUUUAUAAAAUUGAAGUCCCAAAUGAUGCUGAACCUGUGGCAGCAGAUGAUGCUAAAACUGCAUAAUGGGUUAGUGUUGAAGAUAUGCUUAAAUUGGGUAAGGAGGCAUUUGCAUUUGAUCAUUAUGAAAUCUUAGAAUAAGCUCAUAAAAAAUUCCCAUGA